GCGAUGAAUCAGAUAUUUCAUGACUACUUGGACAAGUUUAUCAUCGUGUACCUCGAUGACAUACUUAUCUUUAGUAGGACUGUCGAAGAACACGUACCUUCGACAGCACAAGUUCAAGAUCAACAAUGAGAAAUGCGAGUUUGGCCACACCCAUAUCUUGUACUUGGGUCAUGAGAUUUUCGUGGAGGGAUUAAAGCCCGAUGACGCGAAGGUGGCCACCAUUUGUAACUGGCCGCGUCCUCAGUCUGUGACUGAGAUGAGGUCUUUCUUAGGGAUGACCGCCUACUACCGCAAUUUUGUAAAGAACUAUAGCAUGGUGGCCUCCCCUUUGACUGACCUGACGCGCCUUGACACCCCAUGGGAGUGGACAGACAAGUGCGAGGCUGCUUUCAGACAUCUGAAGCAUGCGUUGACGCACCAUGAGGUCUUGAAACUUCCUGAUUCUGACAAGCCAUUCAUAGUAACCACGGAUGCCAUCCAAUAUGGCAUUGGUGUCGUGCUAGCGCAGCAGGAGGGGCCAAAGUUGAGGCCAGUCGAGUACAUGUCCAAAAAGAUGCCCUCUCAGAAGUUGGCUAAGUCCACCUAUGAGAAGGAGCUCUACGCGAUUUACAAGGCACUGACCCAUUGGAGACAUUAUCUCCUUGGGAGGUUCUUCAUCGUCAGGACUGAUCAUCAAACCCUGAAGUGGAUGAUUACUCAGCCUGUGCUCUCUGAUGCCUUGAAGCGCUGGAUCGAAGUCAUUGAACAGUAUGACUUCGAACCUCUGUAUCCGAAGGGGGAGUACAACAAAGUUGUUGAUGCCUUAUCACGUAGGCCUGACUUCUCUGGUGCGUUGAUCGCUGAGUUCAGGCUUGUGGACGAUGUCACUCGUUCUAUGGUGGAAGCCUAUCUCGAGGAUCCGUUUAUGUCUGAGAUCAUUCGCAGACUCGAGGCGAAGGACAAAGUGACUUUUGCCGAGUUUGAGUUGGUCAACGACUUGCUGUUCCUUGAGAAGGCUGGGAAUAAAUGUUUGUGUGUGCCUAAUAGAGAGUCUUUGCGCAAUUUAUUUUUAGGAGAGUGUCAUGACGCCACCGGCCAUUUUGGUUUCAAGAAGACUGCARCCAAUUUGUCGCAGUGGUUCUGGUGGCCCACGAUGAUGAGAGACACGAAGCUAUACGUGGAAACUUGUCAAGUCUGUCAGAGGGACAAGCCACGUAUAGAGGCUCCUCUUGGGCUUUUGAAGCCCCUUCCGAUUCCGGGAAGGCCUCGUGAAAGUCUGUCAAUGGACUUCAUGGAUACGCUGAUCACCAGCAAGAGUGGAAUGCGCUACGUCUAUGUCAUUGUGGAUAGAUUUAGUAAGUACGCUAGGUUAGUUGCAAUGCCUGCAACAGCUAAAACUGAGUAUGUGAUCAAGCUUUUCAAAGAGAACUGGGUCAGAGAUUUCGGACCGCCUAAGUCUAUAAUCAGUGACCGGGAUGUGCGAUUCACCAGUGAACUGUGGAAAGCUGCAGCUGCAGAACAGGGCACGCAAUUGCAAAUGACAUUAGGCAAUCACCCAGAGGCGAAUGGGCAGGCAGAGCAGUUGAACCGCGCUGCCGUUGAGCAAAUGCAUAAAGCCCAGGCGGCGAUGAUAGAAUCAGAGAACAAACACCGUCGCCCAUCUACAUUCCAGGUAGGAGAAAGAGUCUGGGUUAAGUCCUCAGAACUGGGACAGGAGCACGGGAUCUCCCGCAAGCUCAUGCCACAGUACUUUGGACCAUGGGAGGUUCUAGAUGUCGUUGGGGACGAACCGGAUGGUCCUUCUUAUGUUAUUUGCAUCCCUGGUCACUUACGCACUUACCCUGUUUUCCACGCCUCCAAGCUUGCACCUUUUGAAGAAACAGAUCAGUUUCCCUCUCGUCGCUCGAUGCUGCCCCCAACCAUGGAUGGAGGUCGACAUCGAUGACAUUGUUGAUCAUCGGGAAAUGCCAGUUCCAAGACCGACAGGCAGGGGACGUCCUCUGAAACCAAAGCUGGAGUACAGGGUUCGGUUCAUACAUCACACUGAUGCAAAGGAGGACCGAUGGUUUACCAGGGAGGAACUGAUGCAGACCGCUCCUCAGGUUGUAGCCCAAUAUGAAAAGUCUCUGCAGAAGGGAAAACGCCAGAUUAUCGAAGACUGAACUUCUCAGAGGACUAGUGAAGUAUGGAGGAGGGAAUGCGAGGCACAAGGCCUCACUAAGCCCUACCGGGCCCCUAUUUGCAACAGGUCCGCCGCCCUAAGUGAAGGCAGGCUCGACAGACGACAAGAGGCCUAUUUUGAACUACUUCGCAACUAGGGUAAAAAUUCAGGCAGUUGCGCAGCGCCAGUUGGUUGAAGGCGCCCAGGCCCUGGCCUCCUUUAACAAAUGUAUCUAAGUCAG